ACGAGAUUAUUUCGCACGAGAGGGAAAAAAUUCGGCUCGCGCCUAUCCCACUGGCGGUAGCUGUCGCGGGCUACGUUCUACCGGUGUCUUUUGGUCGUUCCGGACCAGCGAGCCCCGUUCGUAUCGUACGGUGUCGCUGCUCCCUCGUACUAUCAGUGCAAGUGGUGUGCCGGUGGCGUAGCGAGAGGAGCAGGCGGAAGAAAGGAGGAAGUUACGAGACGUCCUCGUCCUCGUCGUGCACGGAGUGGUCUCACCCCGUGAUCCGAUCGAUCUUGGACGGCCCGAGGGUUACGAAGAAGAGAUAAGGGGACAGCAGGGCUAGUCGCCACGUGGCAGGAUCGUUCGUGUGCACGUGCACUUGGAGGAUCGACCGGUAUCGUGUCCUUUCUCUCUUCUGUCCUGUAGAGUCCAGGCGAAUGAUGUCCAAUUGACGAAGACCGCGCAGUCCUAGGAAUGGCCCCAUUCAGUUCCGUCUUCCUGGGCGUCUGGGGAGUCUUUUUGAUCGUCCUGAUACAAGAAUCUAGGCCCGUCAGCUGGGAGAAUUGGUGGACCUAUGACGGUAUUUCCGGUCCUGGCUUCUGGGGUCUCAUCAAUCCGGAUUGGUGGCUGUGUCACAAGGGCAGACGGCAAUCGCCGGUGAACCUGGAGCCUUCCAGGCUCCUCUUCGACCCGAACCUACAGCCUCUGCACGUGGACAAGCACAAGGUCGGCGGUGUACUGGCCAACACUGGCCACAGCGUCGCGUUCGCCGUGGACAACGACACGCGGCACCCUGUGAACAUCUCUGGGGGCCCGCUCAGCUAUCGGUACCAGUUCCACGAGAUCCAUCUGCACUUCGGGUCGAACGAACAGAUCGGUAGCGAGCACACCGUGGACGGACACGCGUUCCCAGCGGAGCUGCAGAUAUUCGGCUUCAACUCGCAACUCUACAACAACUUCUCGGACGCGCUGCAACGGGCGCAGGGGAUCGUGGCUGUGUCCCUCCUUCUCCAGGUUGGAGACCUCUCGAACCCGGCCCUGCGAAUAUUCACCGAAGAGCUGGAUAAGAUCAGAUACGGAGGCCAGGCGAUGGAGAUUAAACGUUUCGUGGUGCGGGAACUGCUGCCGGACACGAAAUAUUACAUGACGUACGACGGCUCCAUCACGAUGCCGGCUUGCCACGAGACCACCACGUGGAUCAUCUUGAACAAGCCAAUAUACAUCACACAGCAGCAGCUUAUCGCGCUGCGACAAUUGAUGCAAGGGGACAAGGGCGAGCUGAACGCGCCGCUUGGGAAUAAUUUCAGACCGCCCCAGCCGCUUCAUCAUCGUCCCGUUCGAACGAACAUCGACUUCAACGUUCAGGGACGGAAGAACUGUCCGACGAUGAAUAGGGACAUAUACUACAAAGCAAACAGCUGGAAAUAACCCUGUGGCGAGUUAUGGGAGCGGCUGGAGGUGAACUACGCUUUCCCUGGAACAAGCUGGAGCCACGCAGUUAAGAGGAUAAAAACCCACUGACAUAUCAAUUAAUGAGCGCGACCAGUGGCCAUCGCGUCGAUCUAAUCGAGCAAGGGCCAUCGUGGCGCGUAUCGUUGAAAGGAAGAGCGAGAGAGGACGCGAGAGAGCGAGCGAAAGGGAGGGAGAGAAAGCGAGAGAGACCGAGAGCGAGCGUGUGAACAGAAGAGGCCAGAAUGAUGAAAGAAAGAGAAAAAUAAGAAAAAUGCUUCGUUGUACUAUUAGACGUGAACUGCCAAGUAUGUUUCCAGUAACGAGAAAAAUGAAACACAAGAAUACACAGUUACACACACAGGUACACUGAGAGACACGUACAGAAGAUAUACCUAUAUAUAGAUUACAAUUUAGCGGAGAUAAGGUAAAAAAAGAAAAAAAAAAAAAACGUAAGAUUAACACAAGAUAUAUUAUUAUACGUAUAUCGAUCAACUAUCGAAAAAGCUAUGACUAUCGUGGCCUGUGUUUUGGGGUCGUUGAUAACGAUGAUGAUCACGACGAUGAUGAUAGGGUUAGGGAUGGGAAUAGAGACGAAAGACGCGAGAUUCUAUAUGUAUAAAUGAAGAAAAAAAAAGAAAAAAAAAAUACCAAAGAUUUACGCGUGAUCAAAGUUCACGUGUACACGCCCACUCGUAUCACCACCUGCAUAUACAUGAAAACAUACGACAUACAUGCAUACAUACUAUACAUACUAUACAUAUACACACACACAUAUCGAGCGAAAGUUUAUACUAUAUUCUUGUAAUAAAAUGCUGAAAACGUA